AAUCUACAUGCAGGUGUAAAGACCAGCUGAUUUUUCAUGGCCAGCCGGUCCGACAGCGGCUCUAUAAGUUUGCAGAAAUAUUUUGCCGUCUCAGCUGCUGGUCAUUUUUCCCCCUUACCUCAUGUCACCCUUCUCUGUAGCCGUCAAGCCGUUCUUGGUCUUCUUGGUUCUUGCGAUAUGCCCUUUGUCUAUCAAAAAUACCGAAAUCGACUUCUCACAUCCAAUGCACACAAAAAGUUAAAACGGCCUCUUCGAUGGAGCGCAUAGGCGUUCAUUCGCAUAUCCACGGGCUGGGACUCGACGACCGGUUAGAGCCAAGGGCUAAUUCGCAGGGAAUGGUUGGGCAGGCCAAGGCUAGGAAGGCUGCUGGUAUGAUUCUCAAGAUAGUGCAGGAAGGUCGCAUAGUAGGGCGAGCAAUCUUGUUUGCUGGGCCUCCGUCGACGGGAAAGACCGCUAUUGCAUUGGGUAUGGCACAGACGCUGGGUCCGGACGUACCUUUCACCAUGAUUGCCGCCAGCGAGGUAUUCUCACUAUCGAUGUCAAAGACCGAGGCGUUGACCCAGGCAUUCCGACGGAGCAUUGGCAUACGCACCAAGGAAGAGACAGAACUCGUCGAAGGGGAGGUCGUCGAGAUCCAAAUCGACCGGAGUCUGACUGGCGCUACGAAAACAGGAAAACUCACUAUCAAAACUACGGACAUGGAGACUAUCUAUGACUUGGGUACAAAAAUGAUUGACGCUCUCUCGAAGGAGAAAGUCCUAGCAGGAGACGUUAUCACCAUCGACAAGACGUCUGGUAAAAUCACUAAACUCGGCCGUUCGUUCGCACGGUCGAGAGAUUAUGAUGCUAUGGGCGCUGAUACUAAAUUCGUUCAAUGCCCCGAAGGUGAAAUACAAAAACGGAGAGAGGUCGUGCAUACGGUGUCUUUGCACGAAAUAGACGUCAUCAACAGUAGGACGCAGGGCUUCCUAGCUUUGUUUGCAGGCGACACAGGUGAAAUCAAGCCAGAGCUACGGAAUCAGAUCAACACCAAGGUGGCGGAGUGGCGCGAGGAGGGCAAGGCUGAGAUCAUACCAGGUGUCCCUUUCAUCGACGAGGUUCACAUGCUCGACAUUGAAUGCUUCUCAUUCUUGAACCGCGCCUUGGAAAAUGAUCUAGCUCCCUUGGUUAUUAUGGCUUCUAAUCGAGGCAGGGCUCGUAUCCGAGGGACAACUUUCCGCAGUCCUCAUGGUCAUUUUUUUUACUUCGCACCAUGGGAACAACAGCUCUAG